AUUCUGCAGCACAGAGCGGAGUACGGGCGCCGAUCAGGAGGGAUUUAAAGCGAAGCAGCACGCCCGCGAUCACCCCGAGUCUAACAGAUCUACUCCCCGAAACACCGCUCGCACCGUGCCCGGGACAGCCGAGGGUACUCCGCUGUGUUUGCAUCAGAAUCAAAAUGGGCAAACAAAACAGCAAGCUGGCUCCAGAGGUGAUGGAAGAUCUGGUCAAGAGCACGGAGUUUAAUGAGCAUGAGUUGAAACAGUGGUACAAAGGCUUCCUGAAGGACUGCCCAAGUGGACGGUUGAACCUUGACGAGUUCCAACAGCUGUAUGUAAAGUUCUUCCCGUAUGGAGAUGCAUCAAAGUUUGCCCAGCACGCCUUUAGAACCUUUGAUAAAAACGGGGACGGAACAAUUGAUUUUAGAGAGUUUAUCUGCGCUCUGUCUAUUACCUCAAGGGGAAGCUUUGAACAGAAACUUAACUGGGCCUUCAAUAUGUACGACUUGGAUGGCGAUGGUAAAAUUACACGAGUGGAAAUGUUGGAGAUCAUAGAGGCUAUUUAUAAAAUGGUGGGCACCGUCAUAAUGAUGAAAAUGAACGAGGACGGCCUCACGCCCGAGCAGAGGGUAGACAAGAUAUUUAGCAAGAUGGAUAAGAACAAAGACGACCAAAUCACGCUGGACGAAUUCAAAGAAGCCGCAAAGAGCGACCCCUCCAUUGUAUUACUGCUGCAGUGUGACAUUCAGAAAUGAGCUCAUCUGGAAGCGUUCAGGACUGCACCGAAAUCUUAAUGUUCCAUUCAGUUUGCAGCUAUUUCCACGACUAAAUUAAAAAAAAAAAACGAAAACGAAAAAAA